GGAACUCGACGUUACAUAACAAUCUGACGUAUCUGCCGUAUAAGAGUCGACGCUCUCUGACGCUCUGCCUAUUUGCUGUUCGGAAGUUCGUCCUCAGUGCAGGUCAACCGCAUAAGAACGGCUUCGGGUACAAUGGCUGCUUUCCUUCAUCACUGCCCCUUCCUGAAGUCUGCUCCAAAGCCAGCUCUGAGAAGAUCCGGGGCCGCCUUGUUUUCUCUUGCCGACCAAUGUCCCAUCAUCGCUCGGCAGAUCACCGUGAGCGCCGCGGCCUCCCCGGAGGCCCGGCUGAGCUCCUCACCUGCCAAACCCAGGGGCCACCGGCUCCCGACGCUGGACCAAAAGAGGGGGUUCGCUCAAACCGCCGCUCAGAUAGCGGUGUCUGCCUCGCAGGGCUGCCCCUUCGUCAGCUCCCAGAUCGGGAUGGUUAAGGCCAGCCCCGAGGUUCAGGAGGACGUCAAAGAUGGUCUGAUCACUUCUCUGCUGAAAGGUUUAAAAGAGUCUGUGCACCCAGCAUCCCAUCAGACCCACGCUGCCAUUCAGCUCAAUGACAACAUGGUUGGACCAUGCUAUGACUACGACAGCUUCUUCAUGGAGAGGAUCGCGGAGAAAAAGCAGGACCACACUUACAGAGUGUUCAAGACGGUGAACAGGAGCGCCCAGCAAUUCCCUUACGCGGAGGAUUACUCCCAGUCCGGUAGUAACGGCUCUCAGGUGUCAGUGUGGUGCAGCAACGACUAUUUGGGGAUGAGCCGCCACCCGAAGGUCCUGGGGGCCAUCAGAGAUGCCCUGGAGAAUCAUGGCGCAGGAGCAGGUGGGACCAGGAACAUCUCUGGCACCAGCAACUUCCACGUGUCUAUGGAGAAGGAGCUUGCCCAGCUGCACAACAAAGACGCUGCUUUGGUGUUUUCCUCCUGCUUUGUUGCAAAUGACUCCACCCUCUUCACUCUGGCUAAGAUGCUUCCCGAAUGCGAGAUCUACUCAGACGCGGGGAACCAUGCAUCAAUGAUCCAGGGCAUCAGGAACAGCCGGGCCAAACGCUUCAUCUUCCGCCACAACGACAGCCGACACCUGGAGGAGCUGCUGCAGCGCUCAGACCCCAAGACCCCAAAGAUAGUGGCCUUUGAGACCGUGCACUCAAUGGACGGAGGCAUAUGUCCUUUGGAGGAGCUGUGCGAUGUCGCUCAUCGCUUUGGAGCCCUCACGUUUGUGGAUGAAGUCCACGCUGUGGGUCUGUACGGGGCCCGCGGAGCCGGAGUCGGAGAGAGAGACAACGUCAUGCACAAGAUUGACGUGGUUUCUGGGACCUUAGGAAAAGCGUUCGGUUGCGUGGGAGGCUACAUCGCCAGCAGCAGCGCCCUGGUGGACACGGUCCGCUCCUACGCAGCCGGCUUCAUCUUCACCACCGCUCUACCCCCCAUGGUCCUGGCAGGAGCUCUGGAGUCCGUGCGGGUCCUGAAGAGUGCCGAGGGCCAGGCGCUGCGCAGGGCCCACCAGAGGAAUGUGAAACUGAUGAGGCAGCUGCUCAUGGACAAAGGCCUGCCUGUCGUCAACUGCCCCAGUCACAUCAUCCCCAUUCGGGUUGGCAACGCCGAGCUGAACACCAAGGUGAGCGACGUGUUGCUGGAGAGGCACGACAUCUACGUCCAGGCCAUCAACUACCCCACCGUGCCGCGCGGCGAGGAGCUGCUGCGCCUGGCUCCGUCUCCCCAUCACGACCCCAGCAUGAUGGAGGACUUUGUGGUGAAGCUCAUGGAGGUGUGGCAGGAGGUGGGUCUCCCCCUCAACAUCCCGGCCACGGCCUCCUGCAACUUCUGCGACCGCCCACUCCACUUUGACCUCAUGAGCGAGUGGGAGAAAUCCUACUUCGGCAAUAUGGAGCCCCAAUACAUCACCGUGUCUGCUUAGCAACGAAGCGCGUGCCGCGUCUUCACAACGAGCUGCGCAAACAGUAAAAAGCGUAACUUUAAUGAUUCCUACUUGAACCACACAGAUGAAAGCGUAUCAACGCUCAGCCAUCGCGUUUAUGUCCCAAGCUUAAAACUGAGUAUUUAUUUUUGCUUUUCUGUAUUUAUUUUUUGCUUUUCUGUAUUUAUUUUUGCUUUUCUGUAUUUAUUUUUUGCUUUUUCUGUAUUUCUUUGGCUUUUUAAAGAGUGUUUACUGCCAUGAAUAUGAUUAAAGAAAUGCCUCCAGCAUUUUAAAAAACACAAAA